UUGCUCUCUCUAUUUCCAUAUGUAUAAAUUAACACAUUUGGCUUUUGGAGUAUUCAUGAGAAAGAGGUGAUUGAUUGUACAGCUAGCUAGGUUGUGGAGGAAAUGGAGAGAGGACGUUGCAUGCUCUUGCUGAUGAUGGUUUUGAUCAUGGACAUAGGUAGGGGAGAGGGACAGCUAGUAGAAGACUUCUACAGCUUUACUUGUCCUAACGUGGAAGCUCUAGUGAAGAAGGCAGUUUCCACAAAGUUUAACCAGACAUUCACUACAAUCCCAGCAACUCUUCGUCUGUUUUUUCAUGAUUGCUUUGUUACGGGUUGUGAUGCUUCAACAAUGGUUUCUUCACCAAAUGGAGACGCAGAGAAGGAUGCUCCAGAUAAUCUCUCUCUGGCAGGGGAUGGAUUUGAUACAGUAGUGAAGGCAAAGCAAAAAGUCGAAGGAGCUUGCCCCGGAGUAGUCUCCUGUGCAGACAUUUUGGCUAUAGCUGCUAGGGAUGUCGUAGUCCUGGCUGGAGGUCCUUCAUUCAAUGUAGAAUUAGGACGUCGUGAUGGCCUGGUUUCAAAAGCAUCACUUGUGAAAGGAAACUUGCCAGAACCUGGCUUCAAUCUUUCUCAACUUAACGCUAUGUUUGCGAGAAACAACCUUAGCCAGAUUGAUAUGAUUGCACUAUCAGGAGCCCACACGCUAGGCUUCUCUCAUUGCAGCCGCUUUGCGAAUCGGCUCUACUCAUUCUCCUCGUCCUCUCCUGUUGACCCUUCUCUAAAUCAAGAUUAUGCCAAGCAGUUGAUGGAUGGAUGUCCUAGAAAUGUAGACCCCAGCAUAGCCAUUAACAUGGACCCUGUAACCCCACAAACCUUUGACAAUGUGUAUUUCCAGAAUUUGGUUAAUGGUAAGGGAUUGUUCACUUCAGAUGAGGUGCUGUUUACGGAUCCAGCUUCCCAGCCAACUGUCAAAGAUUUUGCUAAUAGCUCGAGCGAUUUUAAUGGAGCUUUUGCCACUGCCAUGAGAAAGCUUGGAAGGGUGCGAGUUAAGACAGGUAGCCAAGGAAGUAUCAGGACAGACUGUACAGUCAUUAAUUCAUGAAAACUCAAACAAUUAUUGUUUGAGGUUGCAAGUUACUUGUUUUGAAGCAUUGUUAUCGUUACAAAAACACGUAUAGCAACUGGUCAAGUUACUUUUAAUCACUCUGUUUAACUUCAAAGUUUUAAGGUAAUAAUAAGUGUGAUUUUUAUUUUUAAAAAAA